UGACUGAGUCUAGAUACACAGAAGUUGCGUUUGUAACAAACACGAGAGUCAAAGCGUCUCCAAGACGCGUAUCUCACACACUACAACACUUAUUAUAUAUACUGCAGAUACCAAACUUAGAAAUAUAUAAGCACAUCAAGAAGACGGAGUUUCAGACUGUAUACGAUUUGAAUCGAUGACGAUGAUGGAUCCUCCUGAUGCAGAUCUCUCCGAUCGUACCGGAUCAAUCGUGAUUCGUUCGGUCUGGGCUGAGAAUCUCGACUCUGAGUUUGAGCUGAUUAGCCGAAUCGUCGAAGAUUUCCCCUUCAUCUCCAUGGACACCGAGUUUCCCGGCGUUAUUCACAAGGCGGAGCCAGCUCUUCUCCGCCGUGGAAACCCCGGUUAUCUCUACAACCUUCUCAAAUCCAACGUCGACUCUCUCAGCCUCAUCCAAGUCGGCCUCACUCUCUCCGACGCCGACGGCAACCUCCCCGAUCUCGGCGGCGACGGGCGUCAAUUCAUCUGGGAGUUCAACUUCCGCGACUUCGACGUGGACCGCGACCCCCACGCGGCGGACUCGAUCGAGCUCCUCCGCCGUCACGGGAUCGAUUUCGAGCGUAACCGCAGCGAAGGGGUCGUGUCGGAGAGGUUCGCGGAGCUGAUGAUGUCGUCGGGGCUGAUC